AUGGAGUUCCUCACUCUUCCUCCCGAAUCUCUUGGUGAUUUUAACGAGCGCUACUCGGUCCCCGUAACUCCUUUCAACGUUACAGCCUCCGCGGAUCUGCUGCUUCUGCCGUCAAAAAGGAACGAGACCAACACGGCUGCGACCAGGGACGCUUCAAGUCUCAUCAUCGCCGUCGGUAUCACGGCUCUCUACUCUCUGAUCUGUGUGGUGGGACUGCUGGGUAACGUGCUUGUAAUGUACGGGGUGGUCAGGUACACCAAGAUGAAGACCGCUACCAACAUCUACAUCUUCAACCUGGCCCUCGCCGAUGCUCUCGCCACCAGCACCCUCCCCUUCCAGAGCGCCAAGUACCUGAUGAGCACAUGGCCCUUUGGGGAGCUGUUGUGCAAAGUGGUCAUCGCCAUCGACUACUACAACAUGUUCACAAGCAUCUUCACGCUCACCAUGAUGAGUGUGGAUCGCUACAUCGCUGUUUGUCAUCCGGUGAGGGCCCUGGACUUCCGCACACCUGCCAAGGCCAAGCUCAUCAACGUCUGCAUCUGGAUCCUCUCCUCUGCUGUUGGAGUCCCUGUGAUGAUCAUAGCUGUUACCAAGGUGACAGAUAAAGGAAACACUGCCUGCACACUCACAUUUCCCAAACCUGAGUGGUACUGGGACACAGUGAUGAAAAUCUGCGUGUUCAUCUUUGCCUUUGUGGUACCCGUCCUGGUCAUCACCAUCUGCUACGGUCUGAUGAUCCUGCGACUCAAGAGUGUCCGUCUGCUCUCCGGCUCUAAAGAGAAAGACAGGAACCUGCGGCGGAUCACCCGCAUGGUCCUGGUGGUCGUGGCGGCCUUCAUCAUCUGCUGGACUCCCAUUCACAUCUUCAUCAUCGUCAAGACCAUGGUGGAUAUUGACCACAAGGAUCUCUUUGUAAUGGCCAGCUGGCACCUGUGCAUCGCACUGGGCUACACCAACAGCAGUCUUAACCCUGUUCUUUACGCAUUCUUGGACGAGAACUUCAAGAGGUGCUUCAGGGAUUUCUGCCUGCCCUAUCGCUCCCGUCUGGAGCAGAACAGCUUCUCCAGAGCACGCAACAGCACACGGGAGCCUGCUUCUGUUUGUGCUCCUGCAACGACAGAGAGACCGCCGGCCUGA